AUGCGCUCCGAGCGCGGCGAGGGCCGCUUGUCGCGGCUGCGCGAGAACGCCGCCGUCAACGUCAUCAACGCCGCGAAGGCGUCGCUGAAGGAGCCCACGCGGCCCGUCACGCCCGCCGACCACUCGCGGCGACUGUUCACGCAUAACGAUUACAAUGAGCGCCCGCAGUCGUCGUACGGGCUUCCCGGCUCGCGGCAAUUCCUAGGAAGUCGCCAGAACGUGCUCGAUCUCGGCAGCGCGUCGCUCCCGGACGGGUUCGAGGGUUGGCGCGCGGGGGUUGAGGCGUCUCUCGCGGCGACGCGGGAACGGCCCGACGGCGGCGCGGACCCCGCGGCGGGGCUGCAGAUGAUCAUGCACGCCGUCGUGCACCUGUCGUCGCUCGUCGAAGCGGCCGCGAAGGGCAUGGAGCUCGGCCGGUGGCUUGCGCUGCCGACGUCGGAUCGCUUCGCCGCGGGGCUCGGCGCGGAGUCGCUGUCGAUGCGCGAGGCCAUCGAGGAGCACCUCGCGCACCUGAUGGACCUCAAGUCGCCGCCGCUGACGCUGCGGGCGUGCGCGGUGCUGCUCCAGGUGUCGACGUCGCCGACGACGCUGCACCAGACCGCGCGGACGGUGUUCCAGCUGUCCAAGUCCAACGCGAACGACGCGUCGUUCCGCGUCGAGGGCGUCCUCGGCGCCGUGCUCGCCGCGCUGUCCGGGUACACCGACGUGGCCCUGCCGCUCACCCCGACCGCACUGGUCCUCCUGUGCGGCGCGCUCAAGAACACGUCGCAGGACGCGUCGAAUCAGAAGGCACUCUUCCGGCUCAAGGCCGUUCCGAACGCGACGCGCUUGCUCUCGAAGCUCGCCGCGGUCGAGGGCGGCGCGGGCGGCCCGGACAUGGACGCCACGCAGGCGGCGCAGGUCGCGGUGCAAGUCAUGGGCAUGCUGCGCAACCUCGCGCUCGUGGCCUCGCAGGCGCGCACGUUCGCGCACUACGGCACGGUGCACGCCAUCCUCGCCGUCGUCGACGCGUUCCCCUCGCACCGGGAACUCAUGGCGGGCGCGCUGCGGGUCCUGUCGAAGCUGUCGAUGGUCGAGGCGUGCCGCGCGGAGCUGUCGUCCUCGCAGCCGGCCGUCGCGCUGCUCUGCGGGCUCCUGCAGCGCUGGCAGAGCGAGCGCGCGCUGCUCCUGCGCGCCGCGUUCGUGCUUGGAAACAUGACGGCGUCGAGCCCGCCCGCACGCGCGCGCGUGGCCGCCGUGAAGGGCGCUGUGCCGCUGCUCGUGGACCUCAUCGAGGAGGCGCUCGGGCCGAUGCCUGGGGAGGGGUCCGUGCCGCCCGGCGGCCCCGGGGCGGCGGCGCAGGAGGCGACGUGGCCACAGAGGGCCGAGCUGCUGGUGAAGCUCCUGCGGGUCGUGGCGAACCUGGCGAUCGACCCCGACGUGGGCGCGAAGCUGGCGUGCGACGCGCGGCUCGCGGAGGCCGUUGCGCGGGCUCUCACAGAGCACAGCCUGGCGACCGACGCGGAGCUGGUUCUGAACGCGGCGUGCGCGCUGACGAACCUGUCGUUCUACCUCGUCCCGGGCAACGAGUCGCUCGCCCUCGAGCCCGCGGAGAUUCUCCCCCCUUUGGUCCCCCUCCUCGUGUCGCACAACGACGAGGCGGCACUCGAGGCGGUGCGCGCGCUGGGCAACUUCUCGCGCGUGCCCCUGGCGCGCAAGUUCAUGGUCGACGCGCGCAUCGUCGAGGCGCUCUGUCUAAUUUUGGACCACGAGAGCCAGGACCUACUGUCCUCGGCAUGCGGCGCGCUCAUCAACCUGGCGGUCGACCCGCCCGCGCGCGCGGCGAUCGUCGACGCGGACGGGCCCGUCCUGCUCGCGGACGUCGUCGAGCGGGCCACCGCGGAGCCGCCCGCCGACGCGGGCGGUGCCGAGGGCCCCGGGGAGGUGUCCGCGGCUGCGGGGGGGGUCCCGCUGGCGUGCACGGCGCUGCGCGCGCUGUUCAACGUGGCGCACGCGGAGAUGACGGCGGACGCGGAGCCGACGGCGCUGUUCACGGCGCGGGAGCUGCAGGCGCUGCAGGAGGUGUUGGGGCGCUGCGCGGCGGUUGCAGCGGCGGCGCUGGCGGACGCGGCGGCGGGCGGGGACCGCGAGGCGUCCGCGGCGGCGGGGGAGCUGGCGCGCCUGGCGCCGAAAGUCGGGGCGCUGGUGGACACGCUGCCCGUGCUGGAGGACGCGGGCGACGAGGGCGCGCUCGAGGCGCUUUCGGAACCGGGGGAGUCGGAGCGUUCGGGCGACGAGCGCGCGCCGGAGGACGUCAGGCCGGGGCUGUAG